GAAGAGUUUUUUUCUCGAGUCGACCGCCGGACUUCAUUGCAACGUCGUCUCGCCUCCGACGAAGGAUGCGUGUCGUACUACUCUGCGCUAUCUUCGUCUUCUUCUGUAUCACGUCGCGGCAAGCCGUGACAAUCGUCCAAGUCGAGAAGAACCUGCUCAAGUACCUCACAUCCGUCAAUUUAAUGAAUAUACUCACAAAUAAAAGGAUUAUGGCCAUGUACAUGAAAUGUCUCCUUCGGAGAGGACCCUGUUCCCCGGAAAUAAGAGACUUUAGACGCCUGCUCCCGAGAUUCCUGAAACAUCUGUGCAGCUAUUGCAACGAACAGGAAAGUGAAAGUCUGAGAAUCAUAUUUCAAUUUGUUAAAUCACGACGGCCGGAAGAAUGGAAACAGUUGGAAGACGUUUACGAUCCGAAAAGAAUCAAUACUGAUAGAAUUGAAAAAUUUAUAGGCAAACGUAGUAACAACAUUUGAUUUUGUUUAUCUUAUGAUUUUGUUGUUGUUGUUGUAAUAAGUGGAUCAAAUGUUAGUCAUUUAUGUAUGUGACAUUACACAUUACGAGUAAAGAACAUGACCAAAAAGGAUCCGCUGGCAUCAGAUUUGGUGAUAUAAUUUAUGUGAAAUUCUUAUUUUCUGUUCGCUUGUAUAUCUAAUAAAUAUUAAUUAUAAUAAUUUAAGUAUAGUUUUUCUUAUCAAAGAAACAUAAAAGAAAUUCGAAUGAAAUGAUUCUUAUAACAUGUAGAUAAGAUGCAAAGAAUUUUAAAAGUAACUUGAUUAAGACAAGAAAAAGAGAAAAGAUGGUGAAGAAAAACGCAAAAUUGUUAUUAUCUCAAUCAAAAGUAAAUAUCAAGUUGAAAAAUUAUAAAAUAAAUAUUUUGAAAAAUCAGCAAUUGCGUUUUAAAUGAUUCUGCUUUGGAAUCUAAGAUCUCAUGAUUUAAUUUUGUCAAUGUACUUUGUCUCCUCUAAAUGAAAAACACAAGGAAAAAAGCGAAAUCAAAAAAAUGUUCGCCCCGCUGGAUGAAGCUGAAAUUAAUCAAUAAAAACUUCAAGAAAA